AGCCCGCAGCGCUGCACGCACUUCCUCAUUGGCAGAGACGGCAAAAGGUUUUCACACCAGCGACGUUUGUGUCAGACAGAAACCGUACCGCGGGUUUCGUUUGUUCACCUGUCGAGCCUCGCAAAUGUCGAAGCCACCUCCGAAGCCGGCCAAACCAGGCCAAGUCAAGGUGUUCCGAGCGCUAUUCACCUUUGACCCCAGAACGCCAGACGAGCUGUUCUUUGAGGAAGGAGACUUUCUGUAUAUCUCUGACACAACUGACAGUAACUGGUGGAAGGGGACGUGCCGAGGAAGGACGGGACUCAUUCCGAGUAACUAUGUGGCUGAACAGGCGGAGUCCAUCGACAAUCCAAUGCACGAAGCAGCCAAACGAGGCAAUCUGAGCUGGCUGAGGGAAUGUGUGGAGAACAAGGUUGGAAUCAAUGGGCUCGAUAAAGCGGGAAACACGCCGCUCUACUGGGCGUGUCACGGGGGACACAAAGAAGUGGUGGAGGUGCUGCUGAGCCAAACCAACGUGGAGCUCAACCAGCAGAAUAAACUUGGCGACACCGCUCUGCACGCUGCUGCCUGGAAGGGUUACUCUGACAUUGUGGAAAUGUUGCUGAACAAGGAUGCGAGGACGGACGUCAGGAACAACGAGAAUAAACUGGCCCUGGAGAUGUCCACCAACCCAAUGUGUGCUUCACUUCUCAAAAAGAAGCAGGCAGGCAACACCACGCGCUUACACAGCAACGCUGAAGAGUAUUUGGAUGAUGAGGACUCGGACUGAGCUGGCCGGGUCAAAACAUCUUCACUGUAUUCCAUUAUUUUUUGGGGAGGGGGUCGUGGAGUUUAGAGAGAUUUAUUACAGACCAAAAAUGGAUUUGCUGCUCCCUUUUAAACUGUAACUGCAUUUUAGUUCCAUUAUUUUGUGCAAACACCUCAGCAUCACCGCAUUGUCCGCUUUGAAGUGAGGCGUUUCAGAACCUACCAUGGAUUUAUCUGUGAUGUUGUCAUGGAGAAAGCGGCAAAGCACUAAGAACACAUUCCAGACAUGCAUAUUGUGUGUUUAACCCAUUUCCACUGGGCAUUAAAGUGCCAGCGCAGAUUAAAAGAUUGGUCUGGUUUGUGUCUAGUUAAGUUUGAAUGCUCCACCUGAAUCACUGAACCACAGAAUCCCCCUAAAGGAAUUGUAAAUGCCUUAUCUCUUACAGCUUGCUAUCAAAAAUGUAACUGUACAUCUGGGAGGCAACGCAACGUUUGCAUUUAACCUUAAUAUUUCUUCUUUUAAACCCAAUGAGAUGUUCUUGUGUGGUAACCUGCUUGAAACACGCCUUCCCCUCCAUCACAUCAUGAAAGUCACCUGCAUAUCACAUGUUUGGAUCGGUUAUAACACCUGCAAUUCAACCCCUGUAAAACAGACUUUAGGUAACUUUUAAUCUUUUGAUGGUGUUUUUUCCAUUCUGGGAGCGUUUUCUUUGCUUCUCUCCCAAACAUUUAAUAUAUAUAAAAUGUCUAUACCCAGAUAUAGAUAUAUGUUUAAGUGCCUUAACUGUGACAAAGAGUGUCUUCUGUUAUCUAUCAAUGUGAUCCUGCUUUUGUCUUGAGGUUAUGAAUUACUUAAAAUAUUUUUUUUUCUUCUAGAUUUCUAUCUGCUCUUUAAUCUACAAUAAAAUAUUUUUAACUUAA